UCUAUGUAAAAGCUUUUAAAUUAGAAUCAGCCAACAUAAGCAGACUGAAUUUAUCAGGCAUGCUUUUUUUCUUUCUUUCUUUGUCUGUUUUGCUCAAAUCUAUGACAAAAGAUUUCUUAGUCUCCAACCAUGUGGUAUUUACCUUUUAUCACAUUUCAAGAACUAGUAGUUGGUAGGCUUGAAUAACCUUAACUCCAAUCUUUACAUAUUGAAAACCAUACAUGUUUGUGCAUUUAGUAUGAGUAGUGAGGUUGCAGUUUCAUUAUCUGCAAAUGAAGAUUUGGCUGAAUGCCUGUAAUGUGUCAUGAUCUGAUCAAUCAUUGUUUGAAUUCACAAUCUGUUUUCUUUCGCAGAACUGACAGCAUUAAAGACAGCAUUAUGGACUUAGGCUUUUUCACAGACGAAAAGUUGUUUAAUUUUUUUUUGCCAAAACAAGACAAAGAUGUCUACAUUAGAGAGCCCACUAAUGUUCCUCCGCACUCUUAAGGACAAUGAACUCAUUGAAGAUGAACUUUAUCAAAAACUGGAGGUCAGCACUAAUGAUAGUGAUUUAUAUAAUGUGUUGGAGAGUAUUCAAAAGCGUGGAAUGAAGACUGUUAGAAAGUUCUGGAAUUGUGUGGACCAAGAGCAUAUAGUACAGCGCUACCCACAAGUCUCUGAAAUCAUCUCGGAGCUGAUGAAAGAUCUUGAGAAUCCACUAAACCAAAAAAUAAGGCCAAGAUCUGUAGAUAAAAGCACGGGACAGGAAAGAGAGAUUAAAAAGAUAAAGAUAGAGAGCAUAUCUGAGAGAAAUGAAGCUGGGCCAUCGUCACAAAGCACUUAUUGCCAGAGGAAAAUAGCUGAACAUGUGGAAAGAGGUCUGCAAUGCUCUCCAGACUCCAGGACAGAAGACUCAAGUUUUUUAUUAUCAACCUCUUCGGUAAAGCUCUGGGACAUGCCUGAACACAAGAAAUGGCUUCCUGUCACAUGUGGAGAAGAAGAGGCCUUACUGGAUAGAGAAGCACUGUUUGACAGAAAGAAGAAUUGCAUUGAACACAAUGGAGAAAUGAUCACUCCUUUUACAUUUGAGGAAAGGGGUGGAAAAGAAUCCUGUAAGUCCUGGAAAACAAGUAUAUUAUGCCAAGGGAAAACCGUCAGCAGUCUCAUGGAGUUGGAAAUAUUGAAGAUGCCGAAACGUAAGGGAAAGUUUACCCUUCGUAAUUGAUGUACCACGCAUUGUUUAUUGAGCUCGGAGUGAAUCUUUAUGACCUGUGAAUUUUGGAGACCAAAUUUUCUUCCAUUUUGAGCUACAGCAGGUCUUCAACACUUGACCUUUUGGAUUUGUGCUGACCUCUUUGUAGCCAUUACUAUUUUUUGCCUUUUCAUUUGCCUAUUUGUCCUUCAACCAACAGAUGUAAUUCAAGAACUUAAUGUACACUUGCUGCCUGAAUUAUCGUACUUUCUCUUUUUCCUUCACUUUUGUCAAUUGGUGAAGUUUGUCUCUCACCACGGUCACCACUGGCUUGCUUGGUUUGGGAUAUGUGGAGCUAUGUAAUGGUGGAGUUACUUUUCAGUCUUGGCUUUGUUUUGGAUUUCAGCAGUGAUAUUUACAUUACACUAAACUUCAACUGUGAAAACUGUACUGCAGGAGUUUUAAUUUAUUAGAACCGCAUCUAUGUGAAAACUGCUUUCACACAAUCUACAUUGUAAAAAGCAAUAUCAAAAUAAAGAUUAUUUUAAUUGAA